ACUCCAGAUGACAGGAAGCAGCCAAGCAGCGACCUCGACUUGUCAACUGUCAAAAACUAAUGAGCCUUUUGUUCCAAAAAAAAAACUCUAAUGAAGCCAAUUACGUCCGGAGUGUAUCGGUAGAAUCAAUUUUUUUCUUACCGUAACAUUGCUACUGCUAUUAAUCAGUAUCUCCACGUUAAUACAAUGACCUGGAAUCCUUUGAAGAAGACACACCUGAAUACCCGUCCUUCUUCAGCUUAUCCUGCUAUAACACAAGAAGAUGACAGGAACCUGGAUAUAUUGUGUCGUUAUUUGCAAAGUGUGGAAGAUAGCACCCGUCAGCUCCAAAAAUUUAUGAAGAAAUACCUAGAGGCUGUGUCAAAUGCUGACAAAGCUGAGAUGAAACUGACAUCAGAUUUGAGUUCCAGUUCACUAUGUCAUGAAAACGCAGACCUUCGUAAACUUGUAGAAGACUACCAUAGUGUUACAGUAAAGCAAAGUGAUGGAACAGCUGAAUUGUCUCGUGUAACCCAACGAACAUUUUUGGAACCUCUUAAGAAAUUUGGUGAUGAGUUUUGUGGUCUAGCAAACACACUCCAUGCUCAUGAAAGAUUAAUACAAGAAUGGAAAAAUAUUGCAGCAAGGGUAAAGAAACUGGAAGAACGAGGUGAUAAAAUGCCUAACACCAUUGUAAAACUUGAAAGAGAGAAACAAAACCUGGCUGCUGCCAUUAAAGAAAUAUCUACAAGUCACAAAAAAAUUAUGGAAGAGUUUCCUGUUUUUUAUGACAAAAGAAUAGAUUAUAUUCAGCCUACCUUGCAGGCUUUAGUAAGGGCACAGGUUGAUUACCAUGGGAAUACGACUCGUUGUUUUACUUUUUUGGUUCCAAGUGGCCCUGGAGUAUCAUACAGCAAGAGUGGAAAAUUAUGUGAACCAGAAAAUACCUCUCGUCAAGUGUCUCCGUCCCUCAUUCCAGAACCUCAGUUUCGGUCUAUUAUCUUUGAAAAGCUUGGUUCCAUUCGCUCUUUGUCUAUUGUCAAAGACACAGCGUAAGGCAAACCUUCCACCAUUUCUGGACUGUUUUACGCCUCUUCUCUUCAUUUUCUCUUUUUACCCUCUGUACUAUCUGACCAACCAAAGUGUCACUAUUCAUUAGAUAGUGAUAAUCCCUUGCUUUAAAAUUUGUGAUACUGUCUCAUUGAGCAUUUCUUUUCUAUCGUGUUAUGUUAUAGUUUUGAAAUAUAUGAAAUUUGUAUUUGUUAAAA